UAUGAAAUACCUACAAGACAUCUAGUAACAUAUGUGCAAGGACAGUCUCCAGAACAUAGAAUUCGAGAAUAUUUUUAUUACAUUGAUCACCAAGGCAUGUUGUUCUUGGAUGAUGCUCGUAUGAAAAACUUCACCUCAUGUUUCAAAGAUAAAAAAUUUUUGGCAUUCUUCUUCAAACGAUUAAAGAAGAAUGAUACAGGAAGGUAUACAAAAGAUUUUCCAUAUGUUUCACUGUGUGGUCCAGAAAGAAAUUUUAUCAGAUGCGAUGAUCUGCCAAUAGUCUUUACAAAAGUUGUACAGCUACAGAAUAAUGAGACAGGAAUAAAGGAGGAUUGGUUUGGCUAUGCAUAUGCAGAAGAAUUACUGAUGGUACCAUUUGAACCAGAAAAGUUAUACAUGAAUAUUCAGACAGGAAGAGUAUACCAUCCUGCAUCGGACAAAGCAGGUGGAGUUGGUCUAGUGAGAUCGAAAAUAGCAAUCGAGUUUAGUUCACUAUUUAAUUUCGAAAAUGGUGAAGAACAUAGUCCAACUCAUUUCGUGUGGAAAAACCAAAGAUAUUCCCUUGACUCUGAAUGGUGCAAGGAUAAAGUACUACAGACUAUCAGCUAAAAAUAAAUAAAUUUUAUUUUUAGUUAAAAAAGAAAAC